AUGGUGCUUCAUGGCGCCGCAGCGUCUGGCAAGAACUCGCCUCUGAUUGGCCGAGAGUCUAUAGCCUCCUGCCAGUUUCAACCAAUCGGAAGGCGCAAUCGCAUCUCAACGGAUUGCAGGAACGUUCAAAACAAGUUGACGAUUGUUCCUGCAUGAUUAUCGCUCCGCUUAACCGCAACCCGGGAUAUUUUUUCACCGCAAAGAUAUUUAUACAACCAUAAUUGAAAGCUCUUAACGUAUAAUAGAGAAAAAGAGACGUCCUGCGAAACAGAGCGUCGACAAAUGCAGCAUGAAUUUUUCCAGGCAGCAGUUUAGUACUCGCAAUCAACAAAACAACCUGGCUCCAAAAACAUUCCACCUCUCAUUAAAGAAAAAACGAAAUCUAAAGCAAGAGCAAGAAUUUGCUAAAGAGAACAAUCCAAGUGCAGCUAACACAAAUGUGGGAAUGUGCAACUAUCGCAAUGCAGAGAUUUGCAGAUCCGAAAGCUCGAGUUCACCGGAUUCUCAGAACUACAAUUUGCGACUUUCUGACAGCUUUACUGACACUAUUGGCAAGAAAAAACCCUCGUAUCCGAAAAGCAAUGAUUUGAGACAUGCUACUUGUGAGAAUCGUAGUAUAGUAUUAGUCAGUAACUCUAGCGCCAGCAGUACCAACAGCAAUGAAAGUUCACCCUGUGCGGACAAAAGUAAAAAAUCUACAGUUUAUACCCCGUUGUAUCGGAGCAAAGAAAAAAGUCGUGAUAAUCCUACGGACACAAUUGUGCUAGAGUCUUCGGACAGCGAAGAAAAUUGUGGUACGAACAAAGACUGCAAAGGUGUAAUUACCCUGGACAGCGACGACGAUAGCGUCCUUAAUACUCUGAGAAUCGAAAAAGAUGUCUUUAAAAAAUCUAAGAAAAGCAAUUCUAGGUAUCUCGAAACUGACAACUUGUCGCUGGGCAGUACAGAAGGCGUGAGUAAAAUACUGACUGGCUCUGAUGAACGGGGUGAUAAAAACUCUGGAAAAAUUGGUAGAGCCGAAUUUGCACAGUUCUUAAACCGUCGCAAUAACUCUCACAACUGCACCAGUGGUUCGAGCAGCACAAAUUUCACCCCAGAUUCAAAUAUUGCACAAAACAAUGGCUUACUGGUUGAGUAUAAAGUGAUUAGCGAGUCUUCUUCUUCGAAUGAUGAAUCUAGCAGAAGAUUGAGUGCAGAUUUAAAACAUAACGAUAAUUUCCGCACUGGUAAGAGAAGAUCUAAACUGAACAAGUUGACCAGCAGUGAGAAUCAGAAAGGAAAUAAAUCCCUUGCAAAUAUUAGUUCAAAAUCUAAUUCCAAAUCGCUGUUAGUGACAAAACCAUACGAUUCUGUGAAGCUGACGAAGAAGGAUGCGCAGAGAAUAUUCAAAGGAGGGAAUAACAGCACCAAUUCUCACUGGACCCCGAAUAUAGAUUCUCCUUAUUUCAAAGAAACACGCAAAUCUCUGUCCUGUUCUUCACUAGAUGGGCCAGACGAGGUCAAAAGAGGAAAUGUGAUAAACGAAACAGAGUCUGAUCUCCUGAUGACAGAAUCAAGUUCGGACAAGGAAAUAAUAGACAAAUCGCCACAAAAUUUGCGGCUGAGUAAAACUCACAUCAGCAGAUUCGUAGAUCCGCCUAAUCAGGAGCAGCAGUACGCCGGUUUGUCGGAUAGAAAAAAAAAUGAAAUUUCGGAAUGGCUGAGUAACAAUUCACCGGGUUCGACCAACUCGUCCAGCAUCAUUUCAGAGAGCAACAGAAACAGCAGCUUUGGCAACAGUAGCCUUGAGCGAUUUGAACUCAAACACGAGACUCCCAAUAAUCGAGGGAAAUUAUUGAAGCCUGAUACGUCUGAAAAGGUAAUGAGCAUUCCGGGUCCCUUAGAUCGUUUCAUAUACAAAGGCAAGACUAGCGUUUUGAAAAAUCAAACUCCCCUCGGAGUUGGCAGUACAGAAAAGACGAACACCAGUCCGGAUCAGCUCAAAACGCCAACGCCUCGCCCAAAACCAGCCGUAGAUGAGAAGAAGAAAAAUCAGCCUAUAGUAACUGCUACUCAAGGCCUUCACAUUGAUGAUUGUGCCAAUAUUUUAGACAAGCUUUAUGGGGAUUUAUGGAGGAAAAAAGCUGACGCUGUGCUUACGCCACAAACCGAUCUCCGAACACAGAAAAAGGUGAUAAACAGGAAAGUGAGUCAGACUGAAAGGAAACAGACCUCAAAGGCUGCUAUAGAAAAUGGAAUAUUAUCUAGCUCUGAAGACGACGAGUUUGAAAUUUUCACCAAGGAUAUAAGGCCAAAUUUUAAUUCGACAAAGAAGAAACUUUCCAGAGACAGCUUUAUUAAUGAUAAAUCACCAUCUGAAAACAGCAGCGAAAGUUUCUAUUACACAGCUCUGACGAACCCUAGAGUAUCAAAGGAGAAUUUCCCACCAAAACCACAACCAACGUUAAUUUCAGCCUCCACCAAGAAAGCCAUUGCAAUUUGCGAUUCAGAUUCUGACGACGAUAAUUGCCACCUAAGAUCAGACAAGGAUUUGAACAGAAGAAGACUGUCGUUUAGCGAGGAUGCAAGCAAUUCUAGCACAAGUGAAUUUGAUCCAGGGGAAAUCGUUCUUCCAAAACCAAAUGCAAAAAAAGUUCCAGCAAAAAAAAUGCCACUAGCAUCGAAGUUCAACGAUAUUAUAAGUACUCAACAACAGAUUACGAAAAGUUUUUUGGCUUCUUUAUCUGCAACCAUACCGAUCCAAUAUUGUCAUCCUGAAGCAAGGGCUUUCAGAGAGAAUUACAAAAACAAAAAAGAGGAGCUGUGUAAAUAUCUGUUCAAAUUAUACAACAAAGAGAUAUUUGACGGAAAACUGCCAGAUGACAUGGCUUUAGAAUGGAAUGUGAGAAUGCGUGGAACAGCAGGUUUCUGUUACAACAAAAAGUCGAUAAAGAGUAUUGGCGGGAUCGUCAGAUCGUCACGAAUAGUUUUGGCCACCAAAAUUUUGGACACCCCGGAUCGACUGCGGGACACUUUGGUCCACGAGAUGUGCCACGCUGCUGCCUGGUUGAUAAACCAAGUUUCCGACGGACACGGACCAUACUGGAAAGGAUGGGCAAGCAAAGCAGUGAAAAAAUUCCCGGAACUACCACCGAUAAAGCGUUGCCACGAUUAUAAAAUCAAGACGAAGUAUACGUACAGAUGCACGAAAUGUGGUUACAGCAUAGGAAGGCAUUCGAAAUCGCUCAAUGUGGAGAACAAGCGGUGUGGUCAUUGCUAUGGAAAGUUUGAACUUUUGAUCAACCGAACAACAAGAUCGGGAACAAUGCAGACGGCAACUCCAGCACAAACCAGAACACCGUCAAGCUUUGCUCUCUACGUUAAGGAGAAUUAUCACUCGGUUAAAAAAGACCGCAGGAGUAUAAAGCAUGCAGAUGUAAUGAAAAUUCUUGGGCAACAGUUUUCCGCUGUUAAAAUUGGAAGAAAACAAGGCGAGGACAACAAAACUUGUCGAUGAAAUAUUGAUUUUUUUUUGCCCAAGGAUGUACGUAUGUAUAGUGGAUGUAAUACUUUGAGGACCAUCAAUGGUUUCCAUUGCCGGCAUUGGAUUAUUGCGUAUAUUAUAACAAUUAUGACGAACGCCGACUCUGAAAGACUGACGACGAUAAAUCUCCUGAGAUUUAUGAAAUUUUUCUACAGCUUUAAACCAGAUUUAAGUAGCGUUAUUUACAUUUAAUAUGUAGCUGAUAAGCAAGCGAUUUGUAAUAAUGUAAUAAUGCGAUGUAAAAAGAGAAUAUAUUU